AUGGAGCUUCCCAUCCGGGAGGGCGGCCCGGCCGGUGGUGAUUCCAGAGGUCGUGGUCGAGGUCGCGGUCGUGGUUUCGACGGCGGCGACAGAGGCCGGGGAGGAUCCCGUGGUGGACCUCGAGGAGGAGGAUUCGCCCAAGGCCCACGCAUCUACACCCCCAGCGGCGGAUUGACUCCCCCCAGCCCCCAGGUCCAGAACGUUGAGAAUGCCGUGGUUGCGGGGAUCGCGAAGAAGCCGCGUACGCCAACGUCUUACCCCGAACGACCAGGAUACGGCACCCAGGGUCAGCCAGUUACCCUUCACGCCAACUACUUCCACCUCAAUGCCAUUGGGAAAGAUCUCUUCUGCUAUCACAUCGACAUUGAACCCGGUGAACCAAAGAAACCUGCUGGUAGGAAGGCCAAACAGAUUAUCCAGCUGCUCAUUGAAGAGCAUUUCUCGCACCACCAGAACAAUAUCACGACUGAUUACAAGACAACCCUCGUUUCAAAUGUCAAAAUAUUACCCGCCGAACAUGAAGAGUCGACAUACAAUGUUCGCUACCGCGACGAGUGUGACGAUGAAUACCCCGAGCGGCCGAAGGUGUAUCGCGUCAAGUGCCAGUACACUAAGACGGUUACCCCUGCCCAGCUACUGUCAUAUCUGACCAGUACGAAUGCGGAUGCCAUGUUUGACGCCAAGGCAGAAGUCCUGCAAGCUAUGGACAUCGUCCUCGGCUCCUACGCAAAAUCGCAGCAAUCCAUUGCCUCUCUUGGCUCAAACAGGCACUUCGCGAUAAAAGGGCCACUGACAGAGAAAUGGAGCCUGGGGGCCGGUCUAGAGGCUUAUCGCGGCUUUUUUGUCAGUGUUCGCGCUGCCACCGCACGCCUCCUGCUCAACGUGCAGGUCAAGUACGUCGCAUGCUACCAGGAGGGCUCCUUGGCAGAUGUAAUCGGUGAAUUCCAGCGAAACAACCGCAAUCCCUUCGAUCUCCGACGUUUUCUGGACAAACUCCGGGUGCGCGUCACGCACAUUGCGCGGAAGAACAGAAAGGGCCAGCCAGUUCCGAGGAUCAAAACCAUUGCUGGCUUGGCCUCCCAGCAUGACGGCAAAGGUCUACCCAAACCGCCAAAGGUCAAGCACCCCGGAGCGGGCCCGAAGGAUGUCGAGUUCUUCUUGAACGCUCCCGGUCAGCAAGUCCCUCAACAAGGCUCGUCUAGUGGCAAAGGUAAGAAGGGCAAGCAACCUGCAAAGGCCGGACCAGCACCAGCAGGCAAGUACAUCAGCGUCGCCGAUUUCUUCCAUCAACAGUACCGCAUGGACCUGGACCCGAAGAUGCCUGUUGUCAAUGUUGGCACUCGCGAGAACCCCAGCUAUCUUCCGGUCGAAGUCUGCAUGGUCGAGCCCGGGCAGCCAGCGAAGGCAAAACUCUCACCCAAUCAAACUCGGAAUAUGUUGAAUUUUGCCGUGCGGAGCCCUCCACAAAAUGCUGAGUCGAUUGUUUCGACGGGCCUCCGGGUCCUUGGUCUCGCACCUUCAAAUCCGACAGCAAAUGAGUUCGGCAUGGGAAUAGAUUCCACACUGGUUACCGUUCAAGGGAGAGUCUUGCCCGCUCCCAACGUCUUGUACAAGGAUGCAAAGCGGGCUCAGAAGACGAUCAAACCUCUUGACGGCAGCUGGAACAUGAGGGCAAUUCGGUUCGACCAACCGACUAAGCUUGUCUCAUGGACCUGGCUUCUGGUCGAGGCCAGCGGCGCCCGCCCUUAUUUCGACCGCCCUGAAGCCUUGGAGCCUCCCCUCAGGGCGUUUGUGAGCAAGUUGGAGGAGAUCGGCGUCAGCGCCCAGGUACCAAAACCUGGAAGACGAAUCAUUGUUGAUAAACGUAAUUUUGAACAGGCUAUCGAUGACGCUGUCUCACAGCUCAUCGAAAGACACAAACCCACCCUGAUCCUAGGGAUUCUGCCCUUCAACGACGCAGACUAUUACAACGCCAUCAAACGUGCCUGCGACGUCAAAUUUGGCGUUCGCAACAUCAACGUUCUGGCAGAGAAGUUCCUCGAAGCAAAGGAUCAAUACAUCGCCAACGUCGGGCUCAAAUUCAACCUCAAACUCGGCGGUGUGAACCAGGUGCUCCAUCCCAAGGAGCUGGGCAUCAUCGGCCAGGGCAAAACCAUGCUUGUCGGCAUAGAUGUCACGCACCCAUCUCCCGGUUCUUCCUCCCACGCUCCCAGCGUAGCCGGCAUGGUGGCCUCGACAGACGCGACCCUCGGCCAAUGGCCCGCCGAACUGCGCAUCCAAGCCUCCCGACAAGAAAUGGUCGAGGACCUGGACACGAUGCUCAAGGUCCACCUCGCGCGCUGGGCAAAGUCCCACCGCGGCGCCUACCCCGAGAACUUGAUUGUGUACCGCGACGGCGUGUCCGAGGGCCAAUACCAGACCGUGCUGGAGCGAGAGCUGCCACUGCUCAAGAAAGCCUGCGGCGAAGUGUACCCAGCCACAGAAACCAAGAAGGGCCUGCCGCGCAUCUCUAUCAUGUGCGUCGGCAAGCGCCACCACACGCGCUUCUACCCGACUCGCGACGAGGACGCAGACCGCUCGGGCAACCCGUCUAACGGCACCGUUGUCGACCGCGGCGUCACUGAGGCCCGCAACUGGGACUUCUACCUGCAGGCACACACCGCGCUCAAGGGUACCGCCCGUCCCGCCCAUUACUUCACCCUCUGGGACGAGAUAUUCUACACCCAGAAGCCGGCGCCGCCGCACCAGAACGCCGCUGACACGCUUGAAGCGCUCACUCACCAUCUCUGCUACCUGUUCGGCCGUGCCACCAAGGCUGUUAGCAUCUGUCCGCCUGCGUACUAUGCCGAUCUUGUGUGUACGCGUGCCCGCUGUUACUUGAGUAAUGUCUACGACGGUUCCUCGGCGGCCAGUUCAGCCCCCGGUGCUGAGCCGAAGCCAGAAGCCAUGACUGUCACGGUGCAUCCGAACGUGCGCGACACCAUGUUCUACAUUUAG